UCCCUCAAAAACCCCGAAAAGACUUUCUGUUUUCCUUUCCCUACGCAGAAUUUAAACUUCAGUUUGUUUCUCAGACGGAAAUAUUGAGAUCAAAACGUGUGCAUGCAGUAGAAUCUCGACAAAAGAUCGUAGAGCUAGAGUGAGCAAUAUUUACAAAUGACAACGACGGGUCCCGCGAGGACAAGCUCAUUGAUGGACGAUCUCUUGGGACUCCUUAGAAUCCGCAUCAAACGUGGCGUUAAUCUCGCCGUCCGUGAUAUCAAUAGCAGCGACCCUUACAUCGUCGUCAAAAUGGGCAAGCAGAAGUUGAAGACUCGUGUCAUUAACAAAGACGUAAAUCCAGAAUGGAAUGAAGAUCUGACUCUCUCCGUCACAGACCCCAGUCUUACCGUCCUCUUGACGGUGUACGACCACGACAUGUUUAGCAAGGACGACAAGAUGGGUGAUGCAGAGUUCGAGAUAAAACCGUAUAUUGAGGCUUUAAGGAUGCAACUUGACGGACUUCCUAGUGGAACCAUUGUCACCACGGUUCAGCCAAGUCGUCGCAACUGUCUAGCCGAGGAGUCUAAAGUCACUUGGAUCGAUGGUAAGCUCGUCCAAGAUCUCGUUCUCAGAUUACGACACGUCGAAUGUGGAGAGGUCGAGGCUCAGCUUCAGUGGAUUGACCUCCCUGGCUCCAAGGGUCUAUGAAAAUGCUCUUUACUAAUUACCGUUACUUUUUGAGGUUUUUUUCUUUCAAAUUGAAUUAAACCUCACAAUCACAACAAGUGGCAGAACCAUCUUGAUGGUAUAGUGAAUUAGAAGCGUGUAUUUGUCCAUAAGAAUAUAAGGAUUAUUGGAUUAAGAACGUUGAGGGAAGUUUUGCCUUUACGGUGAUGGAGUCAUGGUGGUGGAUAUUGUCUAUGUAUAUUUGGGUUAGAUUUGUGCCUUAAAUAAGGCUUUAAUUUGAUUAACACGAACAACUAUUUUUUUGUUUACAUCUAUAUUAUUAUCUUUUUUAAAAGAUUUCGAAUAUAAAAUAACAUAAUCCUAUUGGUUGUUCACCCUAGAGAGUGAACCCAAGAAUAAGUCUUAUUUUAUAAGUUUUUAAAUUAAAUACAUCUUUCUAUUUUAUAGUUAAACCUACAUUAAAUCACUAAUAUUCUUUUCCUUAUACUACUAUCAUCAAUACUAUUAAAACAUAAGCAAUUUUUAUCUACUUACAAAUAGUCUAGGUUGGACCAUUAUAUUUAAUUAUAUUUCAUUUUAUUUCUACUCAUAUCUAAUUUAAUUGUUA